CUAUAUCCAACGUGAGCACUAUACACUCAGACCAGAGCUCUGGAGAUGACACACUCAAGACUAUGCAAGGACCCAACAACUUACUCUGUUGGGACUGAAUGUGUGCGGUGUGAUUUCAAACCAGGGUAUAAAGUUACUCCUAACUGUGGCCGUGAUGAUUUCGGAGGACGACACGAGCCUCCUUUCAGAGAGUGUGCAGCCAACUCUUUCAAUGACGGCAGCAGAGCUUACUGUCAAGAGUGCGCUUCAUGUCCGCAUGGAUCCAAAGUUAUUAGGACCUGUAACUCAACUACUGACACCGAGUGUGAGCUGAGAAGCUGGAUCACAGAGGUUAAAGUCGCAACAAACCAAGGAACCAACUCUACACCAAUUCCAACAGGGAUAGUUCCACCAUCUACCUUCACCACAUUUCCAACAGCUCCUGGUUUGGCUGUAAUAUGGACGGUACCAUUAUCCAUCGUAAUUUGCAUCAUGCUGUUGUUGUUAUGUGCCUACAUAGUCUACAUGAAGCGGAACAAAGGGAUGAACCCAGGUCGACACCCAGAACUGCAUUUCAGGUCUUUAUUGGCUGAAGAAGGAAUCGCUCCUCUCUCUGUUCCCACCUGCAUCGACGACAUUCUCAGUCUUGACAUCCAGUCAGCACCUUUACAGACAGUGCUGGACAACCUGGAUGUUUUGGAGGAGUUGGUGAUUUUGUUGGAUCCAGAAAGCCAAGCAGGAAAAAACACAAAGCACCUGGCAUCGCACUGCUCCUUCCCCUCCACCUGGGUCACAUACACCUACUCCAUGAAGGACAUUAAGAGCCCCCUGAAGGCCGUGCUGGAGGGGGUCACCAGCAAGCACCCUGACUGGACAGUGGCACACCUGGCCAAGCUGCUCAGUAAAAUGGAGCGCAAUGAUGCAAUUACCAUUCUCGCCCAACUCAAACUGAACCAUACAGACGUGUAGUAUUCCUGCGUGUGACCUCAGAGAUGUAGCCUGACCUUAUCUGUGCAAGUUGAAGUUACAGUGACUUUUACAAAUCGAAGACAGAUUUUAAUGUUUUUAUAUUUAAAAAAAAAAUCAUCUUUACCCACUUUUUUGUAAAUAAACAAUGAAAUACAAUGAUCAAUAUUAUUCAACA